CAUAUAUCUAUUUGCAGUGUAGCGCGCGAUAGAUAAAAUCACGCCCCGAGGGGCGCAAAUGUACGUGACUGAUCAAUCGCAAACACACCACCAAACCGAGCGGGGGUGGUUUCUCCUUUUUUCGCCUUUGCAAAGCUCGCUGGCAAAACAAACGAAAAUAAAAAAACACACGCACACAUACACCACAUUUGGCGUCGCGAGGGAUGGUGGAGAAGGACGACGAAUUCUCGGCCCGCAUCCGAUGGCCCGACCUCUGCGUCCAGGUGGGCCUUCACCUGGGGGCCUUCGCCGGACUGCUGCUCGUGCUCGCAGGAUGGGUCGACCACCGAACGCUACUCGCAGCGUUCCUCUUUGUGAUUGGGUCUGGAUUCGGAAUCACGGCCGGCGCCCACCGACUUUGGUCACACAAGGCCUACAAGGCCAAGUGGCAAUUGUCCCUGAUACUCAUGUUCCUCUUCACCAUCACCGGCCAAAGAGACGCGUUCACGUGGGCCAAGGACCACCGCGUGCACCACAAGUACUCGGAGACGAACGCAGACCCGCACGACGCGCGUCGCGGCUUCUGGUUCGCGCACGUCGGCUGGCUGGUGCUGACGCCGCGACCUGAGGUCGAGCAGCGCCGAAGGGAGGUGGACGUGAGUGACCUCGAGGCUGACCCCAUCGUUGUGUGGCAGCGCCGCCUCUACGUGCCCUUAUUUGCCCUGCUGGCCAUCGGCCUGCCCGUCGCCAUCCCCUACUACGGCUGGGGCGAACGUCUCUGGGUCUCCUUCCUCGUCAUGUUCAACCUGCGCUUCUGCACCACCCUCAACAUCGCCUUCUUUGUCAACAGCGCCGCCCACAUGUGGGGAAACAAACCCUAUGACACGAAUAUAAGCCCUACUGAGAACAUGGCUGUGUCUUUGGCUGCCCUGGGCGAAGGGUGGCACAACUACCACCAUGUCUUCCCUUACGACUACAGGACCGGCGAGUUGGGCCGUCCUUUGAACCCUUCGACGUCGCUGAUCGACUACUUUGCCAAAAUCGGUUGGGCGUAUGACCUGAAGGCGGUUCCAGCCUCUCUGGUGCAGCGGCGUGCGGACCGGACGGGGGACGGCAGCGAACGUCCGGGCAUCUGGGGCUGGGGUGACAAAGACAUGCCUAAAGAGGAGUUGAUCAUGUGUGCCUUGACGCGUGCCAGAAUUGAUUAGACCUUUUGUUUGAGUGCGGAAGGUUUUUGCAUUUUGACGAAUUGCAUUCGACUGCGUGUAAGUAGGAUUAACAACUCUCAGAUUUUUAUGUUGACAGUAUUUUGAAUUUAAAAGUUAAGUUUAUUCUUGUUGGAGAGCAUUUGAAUAUUCUGAGUGCUUAUAUUUUCAAAGACUUGAAACGCGUUUAAAGUAUUAUAAUUUAUCUGGAUAUUUUUCUGAUGUAUUCUAAAGUGCCCAACAGUCUCUAUUGAUUGUUGUAAAAAAACAUGAAAUAAAAACUGAAUGUGACUAUACAAGCAUUUGCCUUGAUAAUAGAGAGUAUUGAUGUAUUCUAGGGAAAGUGUUUACAGAGGGUUUACUUAAAAAGUUAACCUUUGGACUAAAUCUGAAAAAUUUGAGGUCAAUAAAGUGUGUUAUAUUUAAAUUAGGA